AUGGCCCAGGCCAGCGAGCCCCUCGUGACCUCCCAGACGUGGGCCCGACGCGAGUUCCUCCUUCCUGGUGCGGCCUGGGAGUGGCCUGGCUUCACCCCGCAGGCCUACCGCCAGCUGGCUCUGAGGCUGCCGCCCUGCACAGAGCUCAAGUCCGAGGUGCGCCGCCGGCUGCUCCGCCCGGAGAAGGACGCGGCGCAGCACACCUGGGGCUUCCACACGUGGCUGGACGUGGGCCGCCUGCCCGCCGCCUUCCCCACCAGGCCCGACAGGCCCUACGAUAGCAACGUGUGGCGCUGGCUGACCGACCCCAAGGCCCACGGCAGGCCCCCUGCGGAGCCCCCCAUCCCUCCUCCCUCCUGGAUGGGUCAGAACAGCUUUCUCACCUUCAUCUGCUGCACUCCCAUCUUCGUGGACGAGAACAGGAAGAACCAGGUGACUGUCAGGGCGGUGCAGGAAUUGAGAGAGCUGGAGAAACUCAAGCUGAGGAGUGAAGCCAGGGCCCCUCCGCUCGAUGCCAAGGGCAACAUCCUGCCCCCAAAGAACUUCAAGAAGUACCGGCACAUCUCUGCUGGUGGAAGGUUUGAGCCCCAAGGCCUCCAGCUCAUGCCCAACCCACUUCCCAAUGAUUUUGCCAGGGGCUGGCCCUGCCCGAACCCUCUGCCUCAUUACCAGGAGAAGGUGCUAAAACUGGCCUUGCUGCCUAGUGCACCCCUGAGCCAGGACCUUGUGAGGAAUUACCAAACCCUGAUAGAGAACCGGGUUGCCUUGCCCCUCUGUCAUCUCUCCAAGGCACCACCUGGCAAAACCUUAACAAGGAAGAUGAAGAGAAGACCUGGACAGACCUAAAGAGCCUCCAGCUGGGCAAGGCCAAUGCAUCUUCAGCAAGAAGCCUUUGGGGAUGCUCAAGGACUGGCUUCUGCAGAACAGAGCCUCUCCACUCUCCCUCCAACCUCAAGCCACCUCUGUCUUCCAGGGCUCCUGAAGAUGCUACUGACACUCUAAAUUUUUAUCUGUCUUCCUUGGAGGACUCUCUCAUAGCAGGUGGGAAGAAUGAGUCGGGGA